AUGAUAAAACUUGAUUCACCAUCGCCAUUUUAUCGUUCUGCCAUCGAUGGUCUAUUAGAUUCAUUUUUCCCUAAUCCAUCAUCAUAUAAUGAUCAUCUUCAAUCAAAGCAACAACAACAACAACAACAACAACAACAGUAUCGUUCAUCUUAUCCGUUAUCAUUCAAAAGUCAACAACAAAUGCCGAUUUUAUUCGAGAAUUCAGAAUCAAUUACUAGUAACCUUCGACAUCAAUCAGAUAAUAAACGUUAUUCAUUAUUAAACUUUUCACAUGCUAAAACUCCUACAAGGUCAUUGCCUAUUUCAAAUGUCUAUCGUUCACCAACAACAGUUUUUUCAUUAUCUCCAACAACUGUUCUUCGUCCAACAAAUAUUCGUUGGGAUUCUGAAAUUAAUGUUAAUCUAAAAUCAUUACCAUUAAUAAGUCAAAAAACAAAUUUUCAUAUACAAAAAAUUUAUCCAAUCACUACGACUACAAAUAACAAUAAUAAAUUAAAUCGUUCUGAAUCAUUACAAUCUUUAACAGUGAAUGAUAAAAAUAAUAAACUAAUAAUUAAUGAUUUUAACGUUUUAGCACCACUUUUAAAACCAAAAAUGAAAUUAGAUGCAAAACAUUUUUGUGGUCUUGCACCAAUAUAUGAAAAUGAGAAAGAUAAUACUCAUAAACAAUCAUCUGCAAUUAAAUUAGCACAAAUAAAUACUUCAUAUUAUACGAAUAAUGAUAGGACUAAAAUAAAAACUACGUAUAUUGAACUAACUGACACUUAUAGGCCUGCUACGACCACUCCUACUACACCAACAGUUUCUAUUGAUUCACCAUUAUCAACGACACUACAAAAUACUACUAAUAAUGUGUCGUCACUACCACAGUCCGAUUCAUCUCUUACAAUUAGUAGUGGACUAUCGACUAGUCUUCCAACUCCAAAUACAAGUGCAUUGCGUAAUGAUUUAUUACCAAUACAAUCAAAUAUAAAAGAACAAGUUAGUGAAAAUGAAGAUGAAGACGAUGCUCAUGAUAUACGCGGAUCAGAUGAUGAUGAACAAGAAGAUCCAAAAGAUUAUUGUAAGGGAGGAUAUCAUCCGAUUACAAUUGGGUGUGUAUUUAAUCAGCGUUAUCAUGUUAUUAGAAAAUUAGGGUGGGGUCAUUUUUCUACGGUCUGGUUAUGUUGGGAUCGAAAAUCGGCACGUUUUGUGGCUAUGAAAGUUGUUAAAAGUGCUCGACAUUAUACUGAGACAGCAUUGGAUGAAAUAAAACUAUUAUCACAUGUCCGGGAUACGGAUCCAUCUGAUCCGUUUCGUCUAAAAUGUGUACAAUUAUUAGAUGAUUUUAAAGUAUCAGGUAUCAAUGGUACUCAUGUGUGCAUGGUAUUCGAAGUACUUGGUCAUAAUUUAUUAAAAUUAAUAAUACGUUCAAAUUAUCGUGGUAUACCAAUAAAAAAUGUUAAAACAAUUAUUAAACAAGUUCUACAAGGUCUCGAUUAUUUACAUAAAAAAUGUCAUAUUAUUCAUACUGAUAUUAAACCAGAAAAUGUGUUGAUGUGUGUCGACGAAGAACAUGUAAGAGCACUGGCUUAUCAAGCGGCCGAAUGGCAUAAACCAGGAAUUAAACCAGUUGGAUCUGCUGUGGCAACCGCACAUAUUGUUAAUAAGCAAGAUCCGUCUAAAAUGUCCAAAAAUAAAAAGAAAAAAUUGAAAAAGAAAGAGAAAAUUAAACAAAAAAUGUUAGAAAUAACCCAACAACAGAUUCAAGAAGCUGAAAAACAAAAACAAAAUCUUCUUAGUUCGCCAAGUCAAAUUAAUUUAAAUAAAAUGGUUAUUAGUGAUGAGAACAAUACAACAUCCGAUGUUUCGAAUACACCAGUAACAACACCAAAUGUUAACUUGACUGCGGGUGAAACGACGUCAUCCAACGUUACAACAUCUCUUCCAGUGUUAAGUAAGACGAAUGUUAAUGGAUACAAAGAUAAAUCACAUCAGCAACAAUCAAAAAAAUCAAAGCGUUCACAAUCGGGUGAAACAAAACCUGAAUCAUCAGCUAUCGUGUUUAAUGAUGAAGACGAGGAAGAUGAUGAUGAAGAUGAAAAUGAAAUUGAAACGGAACUGAAGGGUAAUGCAUCAGCGGAUUCCGUGUUAAUAAAUGGUAAUGAACAAACGGCAAAUAAUAAUAGUAUCACCACAACAACAGAAAAUAAUCAAAAACAAUCAGAACAAUGGUUGAAUGAAGCUGCGGCGCUCGCUGCAGCAGCUGCUAUUGCUGGAGAAAAUUCAAAUAAACCAGAAACAAGUGCUACAAUGUCUGCAGCUCGUCCAAUGGCUGAACGAACACCAAAUCCUGUCACAGAAAUUGUAUCAGACGAGAUCUUACAAGUGAAAAUAGCUGAUUUAGGAAAUGCUUGUUGGACAUAUCAACAUUUUACAGAAGAUAUUCAAACACGACAAUAUCGUUCGCUAGAAGUUAUUUUGGGAUCUGGUUACGAUACAUCUGCCGAUAUAUGGAGUGUUGCUUGUAUGGCAUUUGAAUUGGCCACUGGUGAUUAUUUAUUUGAACCACAUAGUGGUGAAGAUUACAGUCGAGAUGAAGAUCAUAUUGCACAUAUUAUUGAAUUAUUGGGACCUAUUCCUGUUGAAAUAGCACACUCAGGAAGAUAUUCCAGAGAAUUUUUUAGCAAACGAGGUCAACUUCGUAAUAUAAAACAUUUGAAACCAUGGGAUUUAUUUCAUGUUCUAACAGAAAAAUAUAAAUGGCCACCGUAUGACGCUAUUGAAUUUACUCAUUUUCUUGAACCAAUGUUAAAUUAUGAUGUUAGUGUUCGUGCGACAGCCUCUGAAUGUUUACAAAAUCCGUGGAUUACAGGUGAACCUCUGUUUCCGGACGAUGGUUUAUUGUUUUCUGAAAAUGAACAAUUUUUACAUAAUACAGCUAGAAAUAAUCUAUUUGAAUACCAUCCAUCAGGUUUAGUAAAUAGUCAUCGUGAUCAUUAUUCUUUACCAAUGGAACAACAACAACAUCAAUUAUUUGGUCAUCCUCAUAUGCACAUGAACUAUGUACAAGGUGAUGGAGAUGAAUCAAGUGAAAUGUCAACUGAAGAUGAAACAGACAAUGAAACAGACGAAGAGGAAGACGAUUACGAGGAUCAGUCACCCGAGGAUAAUAUUAAUAGACAAGUGUAA